GUUUUGUGAAAUACAUUUUAUUUGAGGCAAUUAGUGAAGCCCUUACCAUAUGUGUGAAUAAAAGAAUUAUAAGAAAUAACGCGUGUCUUACAUGUUCACCGUUUUGCACAUGUUUUGUUUAUGUUUACUCUAAUGUACAUGCAUACAUAUCGCGUUAGAAAGAUGCAGAAAACGAAAGAGGAGUCAAAUUAUUCUCUGUAAAAGUUGCAUAUGCCAUAAAAACACCAAGUGACACAAAAAACAAACUUAGCAAAGUGUGUAUUGCAUCAUUUUAUUUUUUUUUUUAUCAUAAAAAAACAAUAACGAGUAUAAAAUUCAUCUAUUUACUCAUACAUACUCGCAAAUAUGUUGCGUAAUUGUGUGUGUUUUGGCCAACGCUCGCAGAAUAAGCGUCGCAGCUCUUCGUUUGAUACCUCGUCCUCAUGUCGUUCAUCAGAAAUUGAACGAAGCGGCAAAGCCGCGGCCACAAGAGCUACUGUUGCUGCCACAGUCGAAAACCAUAGCUAUACGAUGGCUAACGGCGGCAUGGCGAGCAGUUUAUUACAAUUAUUCCAAAAGAAAGGUUGGUACCGUCAUUGGCGUAAACCGACUCGUGGCAUCACCAUGUCAAAAACCGAAAUAACAAUCAAAGCCGCUAUACUCAUACAGCGAUGGUAUCGUCGUCAUCAAGCGCGUAUGGAAAUCAAACGCCGUUACACGUGGGAAAUUUUUACAACUCUAGAAUAUGCCGGUGAACAAGAUCAAGUUGAGCUGUACAAUUUUUUUAAUGCUCUACUGACACACAUUCCUAGCGCUGCCGCUGAAGCAAGCGGUGAAAGACGUUCUAGUAUUCUAGCUUCGCCGGCAAGAUUAACUGAAGAUUCAGAUUACAAGGAAGAAUACGAUAGAAGUGGAAAUAAAUAUGGGGGACCAGAAAUUACUUCUCCAAUAAGUGGAAAAGAUGUAGAUGCCCUUAUAGAAGCAUUUCGUAGAAAAAAGUCCAGUCAUCUUCAUCCUAAAUAUGUGGCACUCAUUUUACGGGAAGCCGCAUCACGGUUAAAAAAUUUGCCAAAUUUGCAUAACGCAUCGACAGCUAUUUCGAAACAAAUCACUAUUUGUGGGGAUCUUCAUGGUAAACUGGACGAUCUAUUAGUUAUUUUUUAUAAGAAUGGUUUGCCUUCUCCGGAAAACCCGUACAUUUUUAACGGGGACUUUGUGGAUCGCGGUAAAAAAGGAUUGGAAGUAUUUCUAAUACUUUUGGCAUGUUAUUUGGCUUUUCCCCAUUCGGUUUACCUUAAUCGUGGUAAUCACGAAGAUUCCGUUAUGAAUGCUCGUUACGGUUUCAUACGUGAAGUAGAAACAAAAUAUCAGAAUAAUUCAGAACGUAUAUUAAAACUCAUUGAUGAGGUAUAUCGUUGGUUACCACUAGGUAGCGUUAUUGAUGAUAGUGUACUUGUGGUUCACGGCGGGAUAUCGGAUCAAACUGAUUUAAAUAUAAUCAAAAAGUUGGACAGAAGCAAGUAUAUAUCAAUUUUGCGACCACCUGUAGAGAGCAGAACAACCCUUGAAGAAGACACAAAACUUGAAUGGCAACAGGUAUUUGAUAUGAUGUGGAGUGAUCCUCAGCAUAUUGAUGGAUGUGUACCCAAUGUAUUACGUGGUGCAGGCACUUAUUUCGGUCCGGAUGUUACAUCGCAAUUCCUCAAGAAGCAUAAAUUACAACUCUUAGUACGUUCGCAUGAGUGUAAAGUUGAUGGUUAUGAAUUUAAUCAUAAUGACUUACUAGUUACAAUAUUUUCGGCUUCAAAUUAUUAUGCUAUUGGAUCCAAUCGUGGUGCUUAUAUGAAAUUAAAUUUUAAAUUGGAACCACAUUUCGUUCAAUUUAUAUCUGCUGCUUCGAAGACACGUGAAUUAUCAAUCCGUCAGCGUGUUGGCAUAGUGGAAACGUCUGCUUUACGCGGCUUGGGUGCCCGUUUGCGAGCAAAACGACUUGAUUUAGAAUUGGAAUUUCAAAAACAUGAUCCUCAUAAUACCGGCAUUAUAACAAUAUCGGAGUGGUGCGAGGCUAUGGAAAAAGCUACACAUUUAGGCUUAAGCUGGCGUUUGUUGAGACCACGCUUAGCGCCGUCAUCACCAAAUCAAGCGGAGUCUGAAGUGAAUUAUUUAGUCACCUUACAACUUUUAGACACGGACACAAUGAUUAAAGCUGAAGAGUUGGAAACCAGUGUUGCUGAUUCUUUGUACAAAAAUGUUAGCAGCCUGGAGGCUAUAUUCCAUAUAAUUGAUGCAGAUCAUUCAGGUUUUAUAUCAUUGAGUGAAUUUACUGCUGCUAUCGAUCUACUGGAACAACAUUUGCCGGGAGUGAAUCAGCGGGAACAUCUUCUUCGCAUGUGUCGCUUAAUGGACCUGAAUAAUGACGGGGCGGUAGAUUUAAAUGAAUUUCUCGAAGCAUUCCGUUUAGCUGAACAGGCAAGAAAUAAAAAAGGACCAAUUGGAUCGGUAACGGAUAGGCGUAUAGGCGGUGAAGAUAUAGAAAAUCUUUCACCGAAUAUAAGCCUAAAAGCUUCUAGUGCUACUGCAGCAGCAAUUGCUGAUGAAUUGCAAGAAAUGGUUUUCAAUGACGUUGAAAAUGAUAUUGACCCGUCUGAUUGUGAAACGCAAAAUGGUUAAAGUAAAAAUAUAAUGAAAAAAGAAUACUUUUUUUUUUUUCUUUGUUUUUGUUUUCAAUAUGUUUAGAAGAGCCUUCCAAAAGGAAACAAAUGAAUUCUCCUUGAUGUUAUCCCAUGUAUAUUAAAAAUUUGAGAAAGAGAAAGAAAAAACGCAAUUUAUCAUAAUUGUAGCGUUUUCAUUAGAUUUUAACAUAAAUAAGCAAGAGAGGCUGCUAAGUAAGCACUUGUUUCAAUUAUUAUAACAUUUUCUUCUUCUUUUUUUUUUUUUUUUGCCUUUUUUAUUAAAGUCUUUCUAUCGCCGUCCAUUAGAAUUCUUCGUUUAUGUCGAGCAAAAAUAUUUUAUUGUAAUUUUUUAAAACCAAUUAUUAAGUUUGUAAGACUCUAUUGUACAACUCGAUGAUACUCAUGGCGUACUCUUUAAAAUUUUAAGUCUUAGAUUUUAAUUAAUUAAUAAUUAAAUUUUCAAUAUUUAUCCAACUAAAUUUAAAAAAAAAAAUCUUUUAAUUAUUUGAAAACCCAAAAGAAUAAACUACUUCUGUUAACACAGCCAAAGCAUUUAAUAAUAAUAAUAAUAAUAAAAAAAAAAAAAAGAAAAACUU